AUGGCAGGAUCGAAAAUUUCUUACAGGGAUGGGGCACUGCACCCAUUGGGGUCGAUCCAGCUCUCCCACAACUACAACUACGGGCCGGCAGGCCGGGCCAUUGGGGUCGAUCUGCUGCGCAACCCAGACCUGGUGGCCACGGACCCGACAGUGUCGUUUAAGACAGCGAUGUGGUUUUGGAUGACGGCGCAGGUGCCAAAGCCGUCGAGCCAUGCCGUGAUCACGGGCCAAUGGAGCCCACCAGGGACGGACCGGGCUGCGGGGCGGGUGCCCGGGUUUGGCGUGAUCACCAACAUCGUCAAUGGCGGGAUUGAGUGCGGGCAUGGGCAGGACAGCCGAGUCGCCGAUCGGAUAGGGUUUUACAAGCGCUACUGUGACAUUCUCAGAGUUGGCUAUGGCGACAACCUCGACUGCUACAACCAGAGGCCCUUCGCUUAACUAAUUAGUUAUAUAUAACCCCUCCAAACAAAAUAUAAUAAGAGCAUCCUCUCUCAUCUA